AUGGCGCUGCCCGUGCUGCCCAGUUCGUCCAACGUUUUGGCUGUUGCUCUCGUCAUCAACCGCUCUCGUGAUGGGCCGAGGAUUGUCUUCCACUAUCCGCCGCACGUUGUGCCUCCCCAGGACGCCGGCACCAGGAUGGACGGCCCCAGCGCCGACAAUGUUGAUGAUGAUGAUGAUGAUGACAACGACGACCUCCUUCUAGGCAGCUCGUCCCGGGGAGUCAACUUCGAGACGGUAGGCACAUCGUCCGACCGUCAGGCCGCCGACCUCGCGCAGUGGAACCACGACGACCAUUUGGUGACGGAGAGCGGUACCCAGAUCGUGCCUUGGGAGCAUGUCGCCGGCUUCCCGACCAAGGAUCUGGAGAACAUAUUGACGCCCGCCCGAGCCUACCAUAAGCGCCUCUUCCAGGUCUCUCUGGACCCGCUCCUAUGUGUGUCAUAUCCCGUUUAUGUGUCUGAGAAUGGCGUGUGGCGCAAGAAGAAGCGGCAGCAGCAGCCCGAGCCGGGCCCACCCAGGAAGGACGACAAUGUGGGAAUGCAGGCAGAUUCUACUGAAGGUGCAGGAACCGGCGGGCGAGGCAGCCACCGGGGCUCUGCCGACCAGGACCAGUUCGACGCCAAAAACGCCGGCAAGGCAGCUGACGAGCCCGAAGACAAGAAAAGCUCUAUGACAAUGUUCAACCUAGUCUUUCUUCUCCGGCCAAAGAAGCACGAGGCCAAGGAUCUGGUCGAUAUCUUGUUCUCCCACAUAAUCAAGAAGAUCAACAAGGCGUACAGAUACUGUCAGCAACGGAGCGACUUUGUGUGGAAGGAGUCAAAACGGAUCCUGAUACUCAAAGACAAGGGCCGCGAAGACAGAAUGAAGAUGAGCUUGUUGUGGAAGGAUAUCCUGUCUACUUCUUCCUUGGCUGCGUCCAUGAAGGACAUCUACAACGCUGUGUCGCAAAACAAGAUCACAGCCCUCCAACUAGAUACAGCAGGGGGCAUGGUUACCCAUUCUGUUCAAAUCCCCAUGCCAUUCCAUGUGUCUGACUUGCCGCAAGACAGUGAGGAAUGCCAGUGCGCCGGCCUGUGGCUAACAACGGCGAACUCCCUCAUGGACGACGAUGUUGUAGAUGACCCGGCCUUCCUCGACAAGAACUUUGCCCUUCUACUCUUGACUGACGAGAAGAAGAUCACCGCCGAGCUGCAGAAUGAUCCCAAUGCAACAACAAUCGCCAUGAUUGAGUUUGUGCACCACUGCAAGCCACAUCUAUCUUUUCACCAGGUUGGACAACUGUCCAGCAACGUCCUGAAGCCAGCUCAGGUGCGCAAAUUUGCUCAGCAUUUUAUAUUUUGGCGGCGUGCCAUUGCCAUCCCCCCGCUCCACGCCCGCGAUAUGUACAUCGUCAGCCCAAAUUGCGACCUUCGCAAGCUCCCACAGGCUGCAGCAAAGUGGGCGCGCCAGUUUCCCCUAGCACCCGCGCUCCCAAAUUUCCUGGCCGAGCUGAGCGUCGCCCCGCGGCCUUACAAGUUACACUGCCCCGGGAAGGCCCACCGCCCGCUCUACAUGGCUAUGCUGGCGUGGCUGAUGCGCGGCGGCUGGGCUACGCAGCUGUGCACGUUUGCCUACGUUGUAGUCUGGCCUGAAAUAAUCUACGAAGUCGACCACGCGCUCGAAGCUGAGGAGAUUGCGCGCGCAAGGCGUGUACAGAGCAUGAGCCGCGAGCCUCGUAUGGAAGGCGACAGCAAGUCCGCCCCCACACCCGCCCCUGCCUCGGUAGGCGUCUCAGCCCUAGGCGAUGCCUCUGUCGCCGGCUUUGGGUCGGGAUUCCUGCCUCUGCUGGACGACGAGUUGGAUCUCGGCUCGCCUACAGCCACGACGGCCCUUCGCGACCUUUUACUCAGUCACCCCCAAUCCCUAGUGCGCAGCUCCCGUAGCUCGAGGCUGGCAGACCCGCCGUCGCCCGACUCGGAAAACUCGCCCCAGUCGCCGACAUUGUCGCGGCACGGAGGCCGUGGCUCCCAAUCCCGCUUAGCGACGGCCGAAUCCUUCCCGCCGCAGACAACGCCCGCCGAGCAGGCCGCCGAGAAGGCGCGCCUCGAGCGCCUCGCGGACAAGGCCGCCCGCGAACUGGCGGAGCGCGCCAUGGCCCACUCCCGCAAGGCUCUGCCAGUGCAGACGGACCACCCCAGUGUCAACUCUGCCCGGCACCUCGCGGGCAUGUCGCCCCACAUCAUUCUCGAUGCCAAGAAGGCGACGGGCAAGGAGAGUCUCUACCUCAGCGCUAUAGGGCGGCGGUUUCGAGACAAGGCCGCCGCCGAAGCCGCUAGACGCGGUGGACAACAACACAUGGAUAGAGAUGUUCUUCACAACCGUGGGGCAGCAACCGUCAUUGGCGAGCAAAGCAAGAUGGGUGGACCGGCCGGUAUGGCGGCUGACGGUGCUCGAGACAGUGCGGUUUGGGAUGACCGAGUUGCGAAAGCUUGGCCGCAAUUUUGCAAAUUCUUCAACGGUAAGUCUGCACUGGAACGUAUUGCGCUUCAGGAGGAGAUGAAACGAAAGGAUGUGUGGAAUCUGCUCACAUCUAUGAGUGAAUAUCUCCUUUGCGUCCGUCAUUGGUAG